CACUUAUAUUAGACUACUUAAUAGUUAAUUAUAUGUAGUAUUAUUAUUGAAUAAAAAAGUUUGAUCGAUCGACCGACAAAGGAUCCAAACUCUGCCAUUAAUGAAGGCGACAACUUCUUCGGAUCUCCACUGAUCUUGCAGAUAUAUGUCCCUCCUUCCUUCUUUUUUAAUUUCUGUCUUCAAUGAACAAUGAACAAUGAACCUUUCUUAUACUCUUCACACACUACUCAAUAUAUAUAACUACACUUUCAGUUUCAACCACUACAACUAGUAAUCUCUUUCUUAAUAGCCAUGAAUAAUUUCCACCAUAAUAAUUACAAUAUUAAUACUUCUCUUCACUUAAUUAACCAACAAGCAGAUGAGGAGAAUCAUCUAAAUCUAGAUCUUCUCCUUGAACCAUCUUCUUCAUCCUCUUCAUCUUCACCUAUUAGUUCCAUGGAACAAAGUACUCCAAGGGUAUUCUCAUGCAACUAUUGUCAGAGAAAGUUUUACAGUUCUCAAGCACUAGGAGGACACCAAAAUGCUCACAAACUUGAAAGAACACUUGCAAAGAAGAGCAGAGAGAUUAGUUCAGCCAUGCAAUCUUAUUCUUAUGUUGAGCCUGCAGAACAAAGAUCAAAUUUCAGUUCUUCUUCACAGUACCAUGCUCAUCUUCAAAACUAUGGACAUGGUGGAAGAAAAGAGUUCAGUUAUGGAAAUUCUAGUAAUUCUGAACAUGUUCAGGAAGAUAUUAGCCAACUUGACUUGUCUCUAAGGCUUUGAAAUUUAUUUGAAUGAAACAAUUAAUGCAUCCCCGAGUUUUAUUAUAUAUAAGAUAAUUUGAAGAGAUUAAUGGAUGAUUCUUCUGGCAACAAUUAUUUGAAGUGUUACUUUUUAGAAGAUCAGGAUCUGCCACUGUGCCAGUUUUUCCUAAGAAGGUAAAGGAAUCUGAGUUCUAGGUUACAUAUAUAGGUUACUGUGUUCAAGACUGUUUCUAUCUUUAUGGUUUUUCUUUUUAUGUUUUUGUAGUGUAAGCAUGGCAGAAUAUUUAUGUUAUUGAAAUCUGAUAUGUUUUUUAAGAGAUAAUUAGUUUCUGAUAAAAUAAUUGUACAGCAGGUACAGUAAGUUUGUAACUCUAAUUAUGAUCAAAUAUCAAGUUAUCUUGUUGGAUUUAAAUGUCA